AAAAGAAAUGGUAAUAUGAUUAUGAAGUCAAACAUACUAAUAUAAAAUUAUAAAUAUGUAUAUAUAAACAUAGUAAGUCUCUGGUUGCCGAGAAUAAGCAGCCAAAUUGACUUAACCUCUGUCUCUCAUUCAAAGUCUCCUACCCAAAUUUUCCCUAUAUUUAGUUUCCCCUCACAAAAAUUUUCCAACACCUCAAACUCCUAUCAAAAAUUCUAACCCCUUUCUUUACUCUUCCAAAUUCCCAUGGCUUCUCUGCACGGUCACAGAAAACUCGCAAACUCGAACUCAAACUCAAACUCCGCCACUACCACUGAUACCACAGUCAAAACAUGCCUACAGUUUUGCAACUCCGAAAAAAAUACAACCUCAUCACUAUACUCUGGUUUCUGCCCUGAGGUCUGUUUGGCAAUCUGCCCUUCUCUUUGCAUAUACCCCCUCACAAAUCUUCCCUUACCUCAAGACUAUAACCCUUCGAAACUAAACAAGUCCCAUAAUCUUUCGCCUCUCCUAAUCUGCAUGCUUAUACUUUUAGCCACAACUUUCCUCUUAAUCAUCUUUUAUGUUCUGUAUACCAAACUAUACUUCCACUUCUAUGCACCCAAUAGUCAUUCUUUUCUCCAAACAAGGCCUAGAAGUAGACGAGGAGGAAGGGUGGGGAGUGAUUCUCAGGAUGAAGAACACGUGAGUAGGGUGGUCUUCAACCCCUUCUGGUGCAUCCCUACCGUAGGACUCCCUGCUAUGGUGAUCAACUCCAUCGCCGUCCACAAAUAUGGGAAGGAGAUGGAGGAAACAGACUGUGCAGUGUGUUUGGCAGAGUUUGAAGAAGGUGAUGUACUGAGAGUUUUGCCUAAGUGUAGUCAUGCCUUUCAUGUACCUUGUAUUGAUACUUGGCUUUCUUCACAUACUACUUGUCCACUUUGCCGUGCUCCUAUUAUUCCACCUGAUCAACAAAAUCACGAUCACGGUCAUGAGCACAAGGCUGAGGAUACAUCAGCCUCAUUGUCACCAACAGUGGAGGAAGCAACAGAGGAUAAUUCCUCUGACGAGGUUCUUAGAAUUAGUAUUGUAAGUGGAGAAGAGGGAGUUGAUGGGAAUAAUUUGGAGGAAUCCUUGGAAAAUAGUACUUCAGAUAAAGAUCAAGAGAAUUUGGAGGAAAUUAGUAAAGGGAGUUGUUCCCAAAGAUGGUCUUUAGAAAAAGGGACAGCUAAUUUGGUGACUAGAUCACUUUCUUGCAGUGGAAAGAUUUUUUCAUCGCGUUCUAAUAUUAGACCAAGUCCAAAUUCAUGAUUUCGGAACGAUUAUUUCUUACCAGAACACAAUACAUGGAAGUAUACAUUAAUACAUACCCUUGCAUCCUGAUGGGUUAAUCAUACAUACUUGUCUCAAAGUCUGGUGGAGUGGGGAGAAAUAUCUUUCUGUCUUGACAAGUAAUACCGUUUAGUUGGGAAUUUUCGCGAUCUUUUGAGAUGGGACAUGGAAUAAGAUAUGAAGGGUAGGAAACAUCCAAGGAGAAUGCAGAACUUUGAUGUUAACAUCCUGGUUGGUGGAUGAAACAAGAGUACAAAUUCAUUUUUGUUACUUGCAAGUAUGAAGCUAGAAAACAGGUAGAAUAGUUCUGUCCUAUGAUUUUGUCAUUUGACUAGGAUGUUUGAGCUAGCUUUAAUUAAAUUAGUGUUCUACAUCAAUGAGAAUGAGAAUAAGAAAGUGAAGCAACAGCAUAACUACUUUUACUAGUUUAGCUGUUGCCUUUUAAAACCUAUUUUAAGCAUUGGUAUAACGACUGCUAGUCUGCUACUUCCUCUAUAUUACUACACUUACCUUAAUAUUUAAACCUUUGAGUUUUGGGGUAUGUAAUGAGAAGUCUUUCAAUCCCA